CAUGUCGACCACGGCAGAUUUUUAUAGCUCUGUCCACACCUAAAAUAGCGAUUCGCUUUUUCCAUUAAAACAUCUCAUUAACUCGGGUGGUCCGGGUGGAACUUGUAAUACCCCUAUUUGUUAGGGGUUUAAAUGAUAGGUUAUGUCAAUCAAUUCAAAAGGAAAUACUAUCAUUUUUAGAUAAAUGAAUUUUUUUAAAAGAAUGAAGAAGAAGAAGAAGAAGAAAGAAAGAAGAAGAAAGAUAAAACCUUGUUUCAGUCCCCUUCCUUUCCCUCGAAGUCAACUCCACGACUCCAAACCCCACUGCUUUAUAUACAACUCAGGUUUCUAUAAAUACACACCAACUUAUCCAUGGAGAACGAAACCCAAAUCAAGAAGAGAAAGCUUCAAAUUACAACAAUGGAAGUAACCGGUGAGAUUUUUGUAGUUCCAUUCUUUGGUCAAGGUCAUCUCUUUCCAGCUAUGGAGCUCUGCAAGAACAUCUCUGCUCAUAAUUUCAAUGUUACCCUCAUCAUCCCUUCUCAUCUUUCUUCAUCCAUUCCCUCCACGUUUUCUAACCACUCCCCCUUAAUUCAUGUUACUGACAUCUCCGUCACCGCUUCGCCACCACCGGAGACCGCCGACGAACCCGGAUCUGAAAAAGAGGUUCAGUCAUCUGGUCGUAGGGGAAACCCGCUUCAAGAGCAGAAUCUGCAGAUGGGUAAGGGAAUCAAGUCGUUUCUAUCCACAAGAUCCGGAGUGCGACCCACGUGUGUCGUGAUUGACAACAUGAUGAGCUGGUGCAAAGAGAUUUUCGUAGAUCAUGAAAUUCCGGUGGUGUCGUUCUCAACUUCCGGCGCAACCGCAUCCGCCAUGGGCUACGGAAUGUGGAAGGCCGAGGUAGAAAAUAUGAAGCCCGGUGAGAUCCGAGAGAUCCCCGGGUUGCCUAAAGAAAUGUCUGUGACUUUUUCGGAUCUUAGCAGAGGUCAGAGAGUAAGGCCUCAAAGGCGGAGCCGGCCACCCGGUGAUCACGCGAAACCAGAUGGACACACUGGACCACCAAAUAGGAUGAGGCCCCAUGGGCCAAGAGGUGGAGGUGGUGGUGGUGGUUCGGCUGGACCGGGUCAGAAGCCACGUUGGGUGGACGAGGUGAAGGGCUCGGCGGCGUUGCUCAUCAACACUUGUGAAAAUCUAGAGCAUGUAUUCAUCGAAUACAUGGCCGAACAAACCAAGCUUCCAGUCUGGGGCGUUGGGCCGCUUCUACCUGAACAGUUCUGGAAAUCAGCCGGCGAACUCCUCCAUGAUCAUGAGAUGAGAUCGAACCACAAAUCCAAUUACACAGAAGAUGAGGUGGUCCAGUGGUUGGAAUCAAAACCACAUGGAUCCGUAAUCUACAUAUCGUUUGGGAGUGAAGUUGGACCCUCAAUUGAAGAGUACAAAGAACUAGCGAAAGCGUUGGAAGAAUCCGAGCAGCCUUUCAUCUGGGUGAUCCAACCUGGUUCAGGUAAAUCCGGCAUCCCCCGUUCUUUCUUAGGGGCGGCGGCUAUCACAGACGACAGCGAAGAAGAGGAAGGGUAUUAUCCAGAGGGCUUAGACGUGGCAGUUGGUAACAGGGGUUUAAUCAUCACUGGAUGGGCACCACAGCUCUUGAUUCUGAGCCACCCAUCUACCGGCGGCUUCUUAUCUCAUUGCGGGUGGAACUCGACGGUGGAGGCAAUAGGGCGAGGGGUCCCGAUCUUGGGAUGGCCGAUUCGUGGCGAUCAGUUUGAUAAUGCGAAGUUGGUGGCCUACCAUCUUAAGAUAGGGUUCGUGAUGUCACGUGGUGAUAGUGACAAUGUAAGGCCAGGAAAGUUUAAAAAGGAUGACAUAGCAGCAGGAAUCGAGAAACUGAUGAGUGAUGAAAAGGUGCACAAACAGGUGAAGGAACUUAGCAAAGAAUUCGAGGGUGGUUUUCCGGCGAGUUCAGUGAAAGCAUUAGGUGCUUUUGUGGAGUUUGUUAGCCAAAAAGCAACCUGAUUUGGUUUUGUUAAUGUAAUUUAUGUAAGCUUUUUUCUUAUGUAGAUAUAAAUCAUCUGCGAUUUUUAUGGCAGAUCAGAAUGUAUUAUGUACGUAGUCUGUAAACUUAAGAAGAUGAAGGCUUUGUAUUUGAUCUA